CCUGCUUUCUUUAUUUAGAGCCAAGAUCUCCUUGUUUCAUGAUGACAUUUUACGGUGCAGUACGUAAAUACCGAGAAUGCAGCCCCUUCAAGAAGGCAGUGAUCAACUCUUCACGAUCUUAAAUUAAACUCAUAGAACCUACAGAGAUUUUGACUACAAGGUUGUUUGAAGGCUUGAUAAUGAAGAUUGGGAAUUAGCAACAAAAAUCACAAAACGUGAAUCUAUAUCUGGCUUAAAUGUGUGGACAUAUUGCCCUCUUAAUGAACGAUAUUUACAAUGGUCAUAAAAGGAAGUUAUUUUGCUGAGGAUUUCUACAGACAAAAAAACAGAGGGGAAAAAGUAGAAGCAGGCAAAUCACGGCCAAAACCAAGUAAACCACUUUGUUGGAGGAAUCGAACAAGUUCUGCAAUUCUUCAGGUUAUAGUUCAUAGUCUAACAUCAAACCAUACAACUGAAAAUGGAAAAGUGAUCCAAUGAAUAAUGGCACACUCUAUAGAAUGGAUUAGGUUCCGCUUCCAGCAGCAACAAGCCAGUGGCAUCUCUGAAACAACACCGCUGUUAUCAUCAUCAUCACUGAAUUCUCCAGCCAAGGAGCAAUGCUCAUCGGUUUUAAGCAACCAAAGAAUUAUCUUUCCAAAUAAUAGAAAGUUUGCCAAAGAUUCAGAAAGGUUAAUGAAAGACUACUUGAGCAACAAAAUAAGAACUACGAAAUAUACUUUCUUCAAUUUCCUUCCAAAGAACAUUUUUGAACAGCUUUACAGGUUUGCCAAUAUUUACUUCCUGUUCCUGGCCCUUCUGAACUGGUUCCCAUCUAUUGGAGUUUUCCAUAAAGAGAUAACCAUGUUGCCUUUGAUCAUUGUGAUGUCCAUCACAGCUAUUAAGGAUGGAUUUGAAGACUACAAGCGAUACAGAUUUGAUAAAAAGAUAAAUCAAGCCAGGACACAGGUGUUUGAUUGGAAACAGAAGCAGUAUGUUGAAAAAUGCUGGAAAGAUGUUCGAGUAGGUGACUUUGUACGGUUAUCAUGCAAUGAAAUUAUUCCAGCUGAUAUGCUCCUACUGCAGUCAUCAGAACAAAAUGGAAUAUGCCACAUUGAGACAUUUAACCUCGAUGGAGAAAUGAACCUGAAGCAAAGACUGGCAGUGAAAGGGUUUACAAAUCCCGAUUCUGAGUUUGAUCCAGAGAACUUCAACAGCACUAUAAUCUGUGAAAAUCCCAACAGUGAUCUCAACAAAUUUAAGGGCAUUUUGGAAAACCCUGAAAGUAAGAUUGGCUUCAACAAAGACAGCCUCUUACUUCGAGGCUGCACCAUCCGGAACACGAAAGUUAUUGUGGCAAUAGUUGUAUAUGCAGGUCAUGAGACCAAAGCAAUGCUUAAUAAUAAUGGACCUCGCUACAAGCGGAGUAAAUUGGAAAGGAGAAUGAACACUAAUGUCCUGUGCUGCGUGAGCCUGAUGGUGGUGAUGUGUUUUAUAGGAGCGUUGGGCCACAGUAUUUGGGUUGGAACCUUCUCUUCAUGGACUCCAUUUGAAUUCCCAGACAACAAUGGCAACUUCAUUUCAGCCGCUGUGUCUGGAUUCUACAUGUUUCUGACAAUGGUGAUACUAUUGCAGAUCUUCAUCCCUAUUUCUUUAUAUGUUUCCAUUGAGUUUGUAAAGUUGGGUCAGAUAUUCUUCAUACACAACGAUGCCGAACUGUAUGAUGAAAGUACCAACACCCGUCUGCAGUGCCGAGCUCUGAAUAUCACCGAGGACCUUGGUCAGAUCCAGUAUAUCUUCUCUGAUAAGACAGGAACCCUCACUGAAAACAAAAUGGUUUUUCGUCGCUGUGCCAUCAUGGGCACAGAGUUCCGACAUGAUGAUAAUACAAAGCGAUUAUCUACACUGAGAGAGCUGGUCUCAUAUGAUGAAGAUGAACCACUUUUGCAGAAUGUAAGCCCCAACUUCCAGAGUAGCAUGUCCCACCGAAGACAAAAGAGCAUAAGGUCUGUGCAGCGAUCGCAAAGCAUCUGUUCCCAGCAACCGUUCACUGGUUUCAAAAACAGUAAGAAGUCUGUGAUGGAUUGUGGUAACUUCUCCCAGGGAGUGGCAUUCAGCAGCCCACUAGAGAAAGAUAUCAUUCCUGAUGAAGUCUUGUUGAACAGAAUUCAAGAUGCUGUCGUGCAUAUGGACGCGUUGACUCGACUAAAAGCUGGCAUUGGGUUGGAAAGUGCAUGCAUCAUAGAUUUCUUUCUGGCUUUGACAUUGUGUAACACAGUUGUGGUUUCCACAGCAACACAACCAAGGCAACGAGUGUUGCCUUCAUCUUUGUCAAAAACUUCAACAAAUUCCCAGGAGAAGCUAAAGCAGCUAUUUCAGAAGCUUAAACUGAAACACACAAGUUCCAUUUCCACACCAAGACAAUCGGGCUCUGAUGAACCAGGGAGUUUGUGCAAUAAAGCAUCACUGUCCUCUAAAAUUAGUUCAGCGUCUUCAUAUAAUGCUGAGAGUGUAACAGAUGAUGCUGGUUCUGGGACUGACCUCAUCAAUAAUGUACAUGAAAAUGGAGAAGCUGCUAAUAACAUUGGUAGAGAAGAUCAUGACAGUAUUGGAGAAGCUGAUGAAAAACAAACCAAUUUGGAGUUCUGCUAUGAAGCUGAAAGCCCAGAUGAGGCAGCCCUUGUGCAUGCUGCACGGGCUUACAAUUUCACGUUAUUGUCUCGGACACCUGACCAAGUGAUUGUAAAGCUACCUCAAGGAGAUCUUCUCGCUUUUGAACUGUUGCACACAUUAGCAUUUGAUUCAACAAGGAAGAGGAUGUCUGUAAUAGUUAAACAUCCCCUCACAAAAGAGAUUAUCAUGUACACAAAGGGAGCAGAUUCUGUUAUUAUGGAUUUAUUAAAGGAUCCAGGCAAAGAGGAAAAGCAACAAAGAAAAAUAGCGUAUGAAACACAAAAGUAUCUGGACUUGUACGCAAGUAAUGGUCUGCGAACACUAUGUAUCACAAAGAAGGUCUUGACUGAUGGUGAAUAUAAAACAUGGGCUAGUUUAAGGCAUGAAGCAGAGACCAGUAUUGAUGACAGAGAAGCAUUGAUUCUGGAGACAUCAUUACGACUGGAAACAAAUCUAAAAUUGUUGGGCGCAACAGGCAUCGAGGAUCGUCUGCAGGAUGGUGUGCCAGACACCAUUGAAGCCCUCCGUGAAGCUGGCAUAUUGAUUUGGGUCCUGACAGGAGAUAAACAGGAAACUGCUAUUAAUAUUGCCUAUGCAUGUAAGCUUCUGAAUUCAAAGGACUUUAUCUUCACCCUAAAUAGUGAAAACCAGGAGACCUGUGAAUCUUUGUUGGAUUGCAUCUCUGACGAAAUGAGAAUGUAUAGAGAAAUAAAUUGCACUACAUCCAAAUUAACAAUGAACUUUGCCCCCAUUUCCUCUGUAUUCAAACCCAGCUUUGGUCUUGUGAUUGAUGGAAUGACUUUGAGUGUGAUCUUCCAUGGAAACCUGCAGAAGAAGUUCUUGGAUCUGGCAAAGUGUUGCCAAUCUGUGCUAUGUUGCCGUUCCACUCCUCUGCAGAAAAGCAUGGUAGUCAAGCUAGUACAAGAUCAUCUAAAAGUCAUGACACUAGCAAUAGGUGACGGGGCCAAUGAUGUCAGCAUGAUCCAGGCUGCUGAUGUGGGCAUUGGAAUUUUUGGUCAAGAAGGAAUGCAGGCUGUGAUGGCCAGUGAUUUUGCAAUCUCUCACUUUAAACACCUAAAAAAGCUGCUACUGGUACAUGGUCACUGGUGCUACACUCGACUGGCCAACAUGAUAAUUUACUUCUUCUAUAAGAAUGUGGCCUAUGUGAAUCUACUGUUCUGGUAUCAAUUUUUUUGUGGAUUUACUGGGUCAACGAUGAUUGACUACUGGCUGAUGAUUUUCUUCAACCUUUUCUUCACCUCCCUUCCUCCAUUAAUGUGUGGAAUAUUGGACAAAGAUGUUUCUGCGGAAAUGCUUUUGGAGUUUCCCAAACUGUAUAGAAGCAAUCAACAGUCUGCGGCCUACAAUCUCUGCACUUUUUUGAUCACCAUGCUGGAUGCCUUUUAUCAAAGUCUUGUCUGCUUCUUCAUUCCAUACUUUACUUAUCAAGAUUCAAGCAUUGAUGUAUUUGCAUUUGGAACACCCAUCAACACUCUGUCCCUCUUCACAAUCCUAGCACAUUUAGCAAUUGAAACCAAAACGUGGACCUGGUUACAUUGGGGUUCAAUGAUUGGGAGCAUAGCACUCUACUUUUUGAUUACACUUGUUUAUAGUGCCAACUGUGUGACCUGCAACCAUCCAUCAAAUCCCUACUGGAUAAUGCAACAUCAGAUGACUGAUCCACUCUUCUACCUCGUCUGUCUCAUCACACCAGUUCUAGCCCUGUUACCAAGGUAUUUAUUUCGUAGCCUUCAAGGCACGUUGUUUGCAUCUUGUGUUCUCAAAGCUCGUCGGCUGGACAAACUGGACAGAGAGAAACGCAUUCAAACAACCAAACAUUGGAAAGGCCUUAACAUCUCAGCAAAUGACACUUCGUCUUUAACAGAUUCUGCAGAUCAAUCAUCAGUUCAAAAUGUCAAUCACCCUUGUACAAUGGCUAGUAAUCAUGAUCCUCAAUUUAUUUCUUCCAAUCGAGUAGGAAUGGCAAAAGUACAGAGUUCCAUCAACACUGCAUGAAAAUUAGGCAUCACUUUCACAGGAAGAGAUGAAGCAAAGUGGGGCCAAUGAGGAUUCUAGUGAAGCUGCCCGUCCGUAGUCAGCUUCAGGAAUGACAGAAAGGCUGCCUCUUUCCUACCAGUCAAUACUGAAAAAAAACAGCUCUCCCAAAAGGCCUUACAAGCACAGAGUCUACUGUGGGAAACAGAUUUUUGUGUCAACUGAAGAAAAAAACUGCAGUACAUGUGCAAAAUUUUGAAUGACCUAACCUGAGAGCUUAAGACUUUCUCUCUUUCCUCGCAUAACCUAGACAACAUGAGCUGAACUGCCAAUCUACCAAUUUUUGUGCCAUUAACAUUUAUUUGUCUUCAUGACAGUGCAUUAGUUCUUAAGUAUGUAAAUUUGCAUGAUUUUCCAAAAGAUAUUUUAUUUACCCCUCUGCAUAACAUAAUUAAGAACGUGUUUAUUGAUUUAGCAAGAGUUUGGGCAUGAAGUUUAUAAUAAAACUCAAUAACCAGAAUCACUCAAAAGUAAAACACCGUGGAUGCUGGAAAUCUUAAAUAAAAGCAGCAAAUGCUGGAAAUACUCAGCAGGUGUGACAGUAUCUAUGAUGUGACAAACAGAGUUAACACUUCAGGUUCUAGCUUUCAUGAAAGAUCACAGACAUGAACGUUGGCCAAGAUCUUCCAAUUAGUGUCGUAAUUGCUAUGUCCAACACUGAUCAGACAGUACCCACUUACCUGGAUACAAUUUUCCUGGCCAGACUUACGAUCCACGAUGCAGAAGAAACUCCCUCAGUACAGGAAUCUACGCAGACAGUAGUGAAGAGAAUCAGUGCAGAAGCCACACUCCCUUUUUACAGCAUUAGCUAUCAUAUUCUGACAAGUGUUUUCAGGCCCCAAAGCUUUUCAGUGGGUGAGUGAGUAAA